AUGAAAUAUCUGAAUACCGGUGCGGGUGAUAUGCUGGUGUCUUCAUCCCUUUUACCUCCUUCCCAGCUAUCUACAGCAUCAUCUUCCCUUGAUGCCUCUUCCACGGAAGAGAUCCAGCGCCACAUGCAAUCUCACCAACCCCGUAGAAAGGUGUCUGCCAAUCUCCUCACAAAGAGACCUCCAUCGCACAAUCCUAUAACAGAAGACAAGGACUGCCGAAGACUGACUAGUGGGGUCUCUGAUUCGGUAUCGAAAUUUCGAGGCACUGGCAAUGCAUCUUCAGAAAAGAAACGAUAUCCUGAUCUCUGCAUCAUUCUUGUGAUAUUUGUAGGCACAAGUUUGCAAAAUCUAUGCUCUCAGGGUAAUAGGACAACCAAAGGACCUCAAGGAAAAUGUCUCGUUCUUGGUGGAAUGGGACGACGAAAGUCAACAAGUGUCAACAAAUCGAGCUGGAGUCACCCGUUUCUAGAUCAAACAUCAGAUCAAACAUCAACCUUUUCAACCUUACCCACAACGAGUCCCAGCAUCGCGAAGUCUAUAGCCCCAAUCGCUAUGUUCGUUUCGAUCGUCAGCAUUCUGAUCGUAUUUGGAGCAUUAAUUCGAGUUCAUGCUUCCCCAAUAUCGGAAUAUCGCCAUGUCAACUCCUCGGAUGUUUCAAUUCAGGAAUUUGCCCUUCAGAAACUCCUGAAAAGUGCAUCUCCAAUAUUUGGUAACUAUGCGAACAAUCAAUUGAAUACCUCGACGUGGAUGAGCAAGUACCUCGAUUCCACAAAGCUCGUACAUAUGAAUAUUCCCGGAACUCACGACACCGCAACGUGGAACUAUUCACUUGCCACACAGUCCUCACUGUCUGGGAUCACAUCCUUUGGUAAUGCGGCUCCUAGUUCACCGGAAACUUAUCGUUGUCAGAGUAAAUCUAUAAUCGAUAUGCUUGAUGCGGGGAUCCGAGCCUUUGACUUGAGAUUUGCGUUGGACGUUACCAAUACCUCGAUUGUGUUCUGGCAUAGCCAAGCUCUUCUAUCGCAAACUGCUACCUUGGAUGACGUCCUCUUCGGUUAUUAUCACUGGCUUGAUAACCAUCCUUCGGAAGUGGUCUUGUUGAGUCUUCAAUAUGAGGGUAGUACGACGGAAUAUGGAUCGAAUGAUGCGGAAGCACAACUGAAGUUAUUCAAUAUUCUCACAUCUCCAGCAGCGACACAGUAUUUGGUUCAAAGGAAAGAUGAUUUGGGGACCGUUGGUGAAGCACGAGGCAAAAUUAUCCUUCUCCGCCGCUUCGAUUUGGAUCAUUUACCAAACACCUACGAGAAUACUUUGCCGGGUCUUCAUUUAUCCCCUGCUCUUUGGACGGAUAAUUCUCCGGACAUCAGAAUCAUCUAUAAUGCAGCGGCCCAUAUCACAGCUUAUAUAGAGGAUUACUAUGAGCCUGAGACCCCAUCUCAGUCCAAUGCGACGCUCAAUAUUCAAUGGAAGUAUAACGCCACGACGACGCAUCUCCUGAAAGCGGCAGAUAAAUCUCUGGCACCCGAUAGUUUAUGGUGGACGUGGGCAAGCGGAGGUCAAAUUUCGGAUGGCGUGUCUCCUGAAAUAAUGGCGGUUGGAAACGGAACCGCUUAUACGCCAACAGGGGGCAUCAAUCAAAAGUUGGUGACGUUCUUGAAAGGGAUGGAGGGAAAAAGGGUGGGGAUUGUAAUGUUCGAUUUCUUUGAGACGCCUGGAAAUUUGGUAGAGACUUUACUCAGUCUGUAA